AUGUCCACUGCAAAUUAUGGAGACAUAAUAGAAGUAACCGCCCCCGCUGAUUUUCAUGUUCAUCUCAGGGAUGGUGAAUUAUCAAGGCUCGUUACCCCCCACGUCCAUGAGGGUGGUUUCUAUCUUGCCUAUGUCAUGCCAAAUCUCGUGCCUCCAAUUACCACUACGGAGAUGGCAAUCGAAUACAAGAAAAGGUUGAAGGAGUACUCUGGAUCAUUCAAAGUGGAGUUCCUCAUGACGCUCUAUCUUUCCGACGCUCUCCAUCCCAACGAUGUCAAGAAUUGGAAGGCUGCGGGUAUUGUCGGCGUCAAAUCAUAUCCCCGUGGCGUAACCACGAACUCGGAUGAGGGAAUCGAGAGCUAUGAUAAGUACGACGAACUAUUCAAAGCGAUGGAGGUGCAUGGCAUCGUGCUUAACCUUCACGGAGAAAUUCCAUCCGACCACUCCAAAAACAUCUGCGUCCUCAACGCUGAGGAACGUUUCCUUCCCGUUCUCGCAAACCUAGCGAACAAAUAUCCCAAGCUGCGUAUAGUUCUCGAACACGCAACGACUGCAGCAGCCAUCAAUGCUGUCAAAGCCUGCGGUGACAAUGUCGCAUGCACAAUCACAGCGCACCACCUCUCCCUCACAGUCGACGAUUGGGCAGGCCAAUCUUUCCACUUCUGCAAACCUGUCGCCAAGUUUCCAGAUGAUCGUCGCGCUCUUCAGGAAGCUAUCAAAUCCGGCAAUAAGAAAUUCUUCCUCGGCUCUGAUUCUGCACCGCAUCCGAGCCUUUCAAAAUCGACAGCGACAGCUACAAGCGGGUGUGCAGCAGGAGUUUAUACAUCUCCUAUCCUUCUCCCCCUCGUCGCGCACCUCCUCGAUUCGUUCGGAGCGGUCGACAGGUUGGCUGAUUUUACGAGUAAUUUUGGGCGCGGAUUUUAUCAGAUUCCGGCGGAUUCAGACGCUCCGAGGGUUUUUGUCGAGAAGGUGCAAGGCGUGAGCGUGCAGGCUGAAUAUAGUAGUGAGGGGAAGACAGUCGUGCCUUUCUGGGCAAACAGACAGAUCGAGUGGCAGAUCGUGAAUAUCAAGGAAUGA